GCUAUAUAUACAUAAUACACACACCUAUAUAUAUAUAUAUAUGUGUGUAUACACAUAUAUCUCCACUUAUUAUUUGCCCUACAGUUAUUUUUAUGUCAAAGGUUUCUCAUUAAAACAUUGUGUGGUAUAUAUAUUAAACAUAUAUGGCUCCCCAUUUGCUCCAUGGAACGAUCUACGCAACUGUAUUCGAAGCCGAUAAAUUGCAGGGCCGAUUCAGCGUGGAGAAUCUGUGUGGAAAGAGUGACAAUCCUCAUAAAAGAACAAAGAGGUUUUUAGGCCAAAUCAAGAGAUUUGUACUGUGCCGGCCUGAGGUCGUUGGCGCCAAGCUCUACGCCACCAUCGAUUUGGAGAGGGCGAGGGUGGCUAGGACUAGAAUGCUCGAUGAGCCUUCUAAUCCUCGAUGGUUGGACAGUUUCCGCAUUUAUUGUGCACACAUGGUCACGAACAUUGUGUUCACGGUGAAAGAAGGCAAUCCCGUUGGAGCUACAUUGGUUGGUAGAGCAUAUUUGAAUGUGGAUGAGUUGAUGAGUGGGCGAAUGGUGGAUAGAUGGAUCGAGAUCUUGGACGAAGACAAGGUUCCGAUCCAUAAAGAUUCAAGAAUCCAUGUGAAAUUGCAGUAUUUUCCUCUAUCUAAAGAUGUCAAUUGGGCUAAUGGAAUCAAGAAUCCAAAUUUUAGAGGGGUGCCCUACACGUUCUUCGGGCAGAGACGGGGGUGCAGAGUUUCCUUGUACCCUGAUGCUCAUGUUCCCGAAGAUAGCAUCACAGAGUUCCUUCGAUCAGCCGGGUACUACCGGCCUCAGAGAUGUUGGGAGGACAUAUUUGACGCGAUUGAGGGUGCUCGACAUUUGAUAUAUAUCACGGGGUGGUCCGUUUACACAAAUAUCACGUUAGUCCGGGACCCGAGAAGGCCGAAGCCUGGUGGGGAUGUGACCCUUGGGCAAUUGCUGAAGCGCAAGGCGGAUCAGGGCGUUCGGGUUCUGCUGCUGGUGUGGGAUGAUAGGACCUCCGUGCCUGAUUUGAAGAAGGAUGGCCUAAUGGCGACUCAUGAUCAAGAAACUAAACAAUUUUUCGAGGGCACGAACGUACACUGCGUGUUGUGCCCUCGAAAUCCUGAUGGUGGUAGAAGCAUUGUCCAAGGGUUGGAGGUGUCGACAAUGUUCACGCACCAUCAGAAAACAGUUGUAGUAGACGCUGAAUCCCCCAGAGGGGAUCAGAAGAGAAGGGUAGUUAGUUUUAUAGGCGGAAUAGAUCUUUGUGAUGGGCGUUAUGACACGAGAAAUCACUCACUUUUCAGGACAUUGAACACGAUUCACCAUGAAGACUUCCACCAGCCAAACUUCCCAGGGGCCUCCAUCAAGAAAGGAGGCCCCCGGGAGCCCUGGCACGACAUCCACUGUCGCUUGGAAGGGCCUGUGGCUUGGGACGUACUCUACAAUUUUGAGCAGAGAUGGAGGAAACAAGUUGGGAAUCAACUAAUAUACCCAAUCAAUGAGCUAGACAUGUUCCUCACCCGCCCCAUGGAAAUUGCAGCCCCGGAAGAUCCUGAAACGUGGAACGUGCAACUAUUUAGGUCAAUCGAUGGUGGAGCUGCUGCCGGCUUCCCAGAAUUGCCCGAGCAACGGGCAGAAGUGGGCUUGCUCAAUGGGAAGGACAAUGUGAUAGAGAAGAGCAUUCAAGAUGCAUAUAUCUUGGCCAUUCGUAGAGCAAGAAGAUUCAUAUACAUUGAGAAUCAGUACUUUCUUGGGAGCUCAUUUGAUUGGAAAAAAAGUCGUGGUAUCACAGUCGAGGACAUAAACGCAUUGCAUCUCAUUCCUAAAGAACUCUCUCUCAAGAUAGUGAGCAAGAUUCAAGCAGGGGAAAGAUUCACCGUCUAUAUUGUGAUCCCAAUGUGGCCUGAAGGCAUUCCUGAGAGCGUCUCGGUUCAAGCCAUACUUGAUUGGCAGAGAAGAACGAUGGAGAUGAUGUAUACAGACAUUUAUAGCGCAUUAUCAGUAAAAGGCAUCUACAAUGUGGAUGCCAGGGAGUACUUGACUUUCUUCUGCCUGGGCAAUAGAGAAGUCAAGAUCCCGGGGGAGUACACUCCCCCAGAGCACCCUGAGCCCGAAACUGACUACAUCCGGGCUCAACAAGCUAGGAGAUUCAUGAUAUACGUUCAUUCAAAGAUGAUGAUAGUGGAUGACGAAUACAUAAUUGUCGGAUCAGCCAACAUCAACCAGAGAUCGAUGGACGGGGGUCGGGACAGUGAAAUAGCAAUGGGAGCUUUCCAACCUCAUCACCUGGCUGGAGACCGAUCUCCAGCCAGGGGCGAAAUAUUUGGCCUGAGAAUGGCAUUAUGGUGUGAACAUCUCUUGCGCGAAGACGACACGUUUCUUGAUCCCGGGAGCCUUGAAUGUGUUCGAAAUGUCAAUUUAAUUGCCGAUCAAAAUUGGAGAUUUUAUUCCAGUGAAAUGUUCGAGGAAGAUAUUCCCGGCCAUCUUCUGAGCUACCCGAUUCAAAUUUCGAGCAGCGGCGAGAUAAGUGCAAUUCCAGGCUAUGAAUUCUUCCCCGAUACAAAAGCUUCAGUUCUUGGGAAAGUGGCACAAUAUCUUCCUCCCAUUCUUACUACAUGACCACAUGCACACGAUUAUAGUUGUCACAUAUUCUACUCUCUUUGUUUUCUUUAAGUGUCCUAUCGAGAAAAAAUACAUAUACCAAGAAAGUAUGAAAUGUUACUUUUGUA